AUGACAGUCAUACUCUACUACUCCAUUGCGGGAAACAUUGAAGACACCGCUCACAAUGGUUGGUGUCUAAUAUCAAAUACAUACAACGGAGGUAGUAAUGUGGUAAUGAGCGGUUUUGGAAAUGGAAAAACUGAGAGGAAUGUUCUACAAAAGAAACAUAAAGAAUGGGAAUGGAGGGUACUUGCACUAACGGAGGAGGAUGCUCAAGUUCAUGUGAUUCACAUUCAGUGUCGAAUUCGACGAACCAUGUCUUAA